ACCGCCAUGGGCGACCGCGCAACGUCACAGGCGUGCUAAGAGAGAGAGACAGGAUCCUCCAGCCGGCCGGCACGAGACCGAAUCGAGUCGUACACGCACACGCGAGUCGGCGUCAUCAGGACCUCGCAGCGAUACGCGCGAGCACGAGAGAAAAGGAAGCGAGGAAGAGAGGGUGGAAAGAGACGAAGAAGUCGUCCGCCAAGAAGGACGGGAAGAGCGACCGGCUGCUUCCGGGCAGGGCGCAAGCUCGGGGGUUCCUUGUUUACAUCCGCCCUGCGCCGACCAGCAUGUUGCUUCGAGGGUAGCGCGCUCGACGCCACGUUGUUCGGUGAAGAUUCAUUUGCCUCCUGUAAAUCGACCGAAGAGUCCAGGGACACUUACGAGGGAGCUUUCCUCGCCGAGGUGGCCGUUCCGUCUUAAGGACGACCGCGGGAGGUCAGGGACAGGACUUGCCCAUGGCACGAGCCUGCUUCCUCGAUUAAUGGGCGCGUGAAUCCUCAGAAAGACAACAAAGAAGAUUCUGAAGAGAUGCAACGGUGUCCCUAUCUCCAUGAGAUGAAAGAGCGUUUGCUCUCGCAACCGACACCAACCGAUAGCUUAGAUAUGGAACGACUCGACGGUGGUACUCCAGUUAAGGAGGCUAAUCUGCACAACGAUUAUCCAGCACAUACGAAUCCAGGAGUGAUACCCGAACCUCCAGAAAUGCCGCCUGAUUCUUUAAUUGGUACUGUUGUCAAACUAAACUCCGAUGGCUAUGGUUCGCAUACGUCGCCAGCGCAUGCGAGGCAGCCCUUAGUUCCACAGAAUGCGAAUAACCCACCACUUUGCCUCACUCCCACGUAUUCCGGUCCAAGUACUGGCAUGCUGCCAAAGAAUGCAAAAACGUCGCUCUUCAUCAUCAUGAGCUUCAUCUAUGCGAAACUGCUCGUAGUCGUGUGCAUCACUUAUGUGAUAAGCGAAGUGGUGACGCACAAACUACCGCUCUAUUAUUACGAGGGAUUCUUCACAUAUCUGUACGGCAUGAGUAUCCUGUUCCUGUUGUACGUUUUCUGCUUCCUCCUUCAAGAGAGUGCCUGCUGUGCAAGAGGAAGUGAUACACCGCCACCGCCACCAAGGCCACCUAAAACUGGCUGGACCUCCAAGGAAACCAAGGACAAGAAUAAAAAGAAAGACAAGAAAGAUAAGGAUCAAAAACAGCCGAAGAACAAGAAGGAAACACAGGAUGCAACUGAUGUUGAAGCUGGCGUAGCUACACGAGUCUUGCGAAAACGAAAAACUACUCAAAACGAUCACAGUCAUGGAAGUUUCUUCCUAAGAAUUGGCGCGAUAGCUUUCGGACUGGGCACUAUGGUUUACAACGGUUUGGAAUUCGGUGCAUUCUUCGAAGUACCACCUACGUCACCUUGCUAUCAGAUAUUACAAGGCGUCAAUCCGGUGUUGCAAAUGAUCUUCACCUUUAUGCAAAUGUACUUUAUCUUCAUGAAUUCCCGGUUGAACAUUCAUCGCUUCAAAGUCAUCGCUCGUUUCGGUCUCAUGCACGUGGUCGCGACGAACCUAUGCGUAUGGAUACGCACGCUGGUUCUGGAGAGUCUCAAGGAGAUCACUCAAUAUCAUAAAAAACUGGGCCAGUUUCAGGCGGGGAUUCUCGAGAGCAUUAAGCAGCACUCGAUGCGAAACGCUGGAGCGAUACUGGGCACCGAGCCGCGUGACAUGGCGCAAUUACGAGAGGCUCCUCUCGUGGCCUCCACGAGGUCAACGACCAUCGCGCCGAUCGUCACAACCGGGACGACCGUGGCCGCUCUAGGCCGCGUGAUGACGACAACGGCAAGAUCGAUCGCGGACGCGUUCACCAUGUCGAGCAGCACGUCCUCGAACACCUGGACGACUCCGUCGACGACGACGCCGCCGACCACCACCACCUCGAUAUUGCCUAAUCUGACUACUAGCGCGGCGACGACCCUAUCGACCAUCCUGACCACGUUCAUACCGUCAACUACCAGCACUUCCACCACCACCACGACGACAACGACCACCGAGAGAAUCACCACUAUUCCUACAACUACAACGAGCACCACCAGCACCACCACGCCGUCCACUACCACAUUAUGGUCUCAGAUUAUGGAGUUUAUGAAUGCGCCGCAAGGCGAUAUGGAUAAUCAGGUACCGCAGAUCUUCGACGUGAGCAACUUGACGAACAACAGCGAGUACUGGAACCCGAAUUUAGGUAUCUACGCGGAGGCUCUGACGGAAGAUGGAACGGUAUCCAACUCGUGUGGCCGCGUCAAUAUCAUGGGAAGCAUCGUUCAGGAUGCGGCGCCGUACUUGUUCCCCUUCAUAAUCGAGUAUAGCUUGAUCGGAGCGGCGGUGAUUUAUGUCAUGUGGAAGCAUAUCGGCCGACAUCCACGUUGGCCUCAUCAAACCGAAGCGGAUCUCGAACGUCGCCUGGAGGCCAUGCUCUCACGAAGAGCCGUCGCUCUUGCUCAUGCAGGUCACACUAGAGUCGACUGUGUGGGAGCGAGCAAAGGUCUCUUCUUCGGCCUGCUUCUGUUGGUUGGUUCCCUGAUAUGCCUGAUUCUCUUCUUCGUACUGAUUCAUCAUCCGGAACUGGGUUUGCUCGCGAUCUAUCUCGCCGACGUGUCUCACUGCGUACUAAUGGCGUUAUCCAUCAUCGCCAUAAUCAUCGGCUUCAUCCGCGUACAGAGUCUCAAGUUCAAGGCCGAGGAACAGAGCGAUCUCAACGAUAUCCUCCUGCGCGUCUCAGCCUUCGGUCUCUUCAUCUAUGCUGUCUUCAGCGUGAUCGCCGGCUCCCUGGCGGCCUUUACGCACGAGCCGAAUUUGCUGGUGAUGGUGACUGGAUUGCUCUCGGUGGCUCAGGUAGUCCUCCAGAUGCUGUUUAUUGCCGACGUGUCGCGCAGGCGGGUUCACUUGCCAGAGCACGAUCGCAGCAAGCCCGGCAGACAGGUUGUCACUUUCCUGUUGAUCUGCAAUGUGACUAUGUGGGUGAUCUACACCUUCGAGGCUCAGAAAGUCAUCGCCAACCCGGUGCAGCUCGAUUUCUACGGAUUCCUGGCUUGGGCCAUCGUACAAAGGGUCACUCUGCCAUUGUGCAUCUUCCACAGAUUCCAUAGCGCUGUGACGCUCGCCGAGAUCUGGAAGACGAGCUACAAGGCACGUCUGGAGUAGACGAGCGGGAAAUCUCGUUAUGGUCAAUCGUCCGGAGUGGUCGUCAGUUGGAACAAGAGAGUGAGCGCAAGCUGGUCGGGAUGCUCGACGACCUCAAUCACAUACAUCGAUUUCGGGUCUCAAAGAAAGGCAAAAGCUUGAAAAGAGGGAGAGAAGAAGAUUGGUUGAGGAAGUCAGCGGGGACAGUGAAAGAUGACGGAUCAGCCGGAAUAAUCAAACAUAUAACGUGUUUAACACGUCCGUUGCACGAAGAGACCUUCAGAUGAUAUCCAAGUCGUUGAUAAUUGUUGAAAAUUCCGUGAAUUCAAGUUGGAGAUUUAUCUCGUUGAAAAAAAUCUUUAUCGACAAAGAUAGAAGGAAAGAGAAAGCCAUCUGAAGAGACACUUCAGUGACAUGUUCAAAGUCGAUCUGACAUCCUCAAGGAGCAGCUUUCGUGUAAAGUGGAGCCAGAUAUGAUCGUGUCGAAACUAUUCCUUUAUCUCCUGUUUUGUGUACAAGUUGUAUUUUUCUUUUUUCUUUUUGUUGUUUUAGCAUCAAUAGAGAUGACGAGGAAAGGACCUGGACGAUCGUGUCAAUAAUUUUGUCGGUCAGAUAGGCUUUUGCCGAUUUCGGCGCAAACGAAGCACAAAACAACAAGGAUAUUAAGCGUUUCA